AAAAAUGCCUGAAGGAAUUUACAUUUCUAUUCUGCUACCAGCAUUUCAAGUUAAACAUGAAAAUUAGAUUGUAAAUAUUUAAUAAAGUAUUAAGGAUAAACUCUUAAAAUAAACAUUAUGUAUAGCAUCUUAAUCUUAUGAAUUAUUUGAAAUUCCAUCUAAAAUUGGCAAAGAGCUUUGUGUUAGAUUGAUCUAAAAUUGUAAGAUUAAUUGGAUCAUCAUAAGCUUUAAAUUUGAAAGACUUAGAAAAGUUAAUGGAAGAUAAUCGGUCCCUUUAGGCUUCAUAUUAAAAAUGUAAAGAAUCUUUAUAGGCUCUUAAUUGUGAACUUGAAAAAAUAAUGAAUGAUCCUUAAGCUUUAUUAGAGACAGACAAAAUUAAGCACCAAAAACUUAUGACAAAAUAUAAGCAAGUCAAUGAUGAAAAUAAAAGACUUAGAUAGCAUUUAAAGUACAAAUGUUUGUGAGAUUAGAUAAUUGAACGAGGACUUUUGCAAGUAAAGAGUAGAAACGCAAUCUACUUUUGAUUCACUUCGAGAAGAAAUUGAUUUACUAGUAAAGGUAAUAAAAUAAUUUUUAAGUAAAAGGAACUAGCUCCAUUUUAAUCAUAGAAGAAGCAAAAUGAUAUUUUAAUUUCUAAUUGA